CGUAUGAAUGCAAAAUUGAAUAUAAAUUCCAAGCAAAAAUGCUGAAAAACCAAUUAAUUAGGUAUCAAAGAAAGCUAGCUAUUUUUUUAGUAAAGACUUGUAACUUCAAUAGAUUGAGGGCUAGUCCCCUACAGUGGCAUAAUGUAUCCAUAACUAAUGACAAUUCAACAUCUGCAAUAUCAAAUGGAGGAAAUUCAGCAGACUGUGAUGGUACACCAGGACGUUGGCCAACAGGAAAGCGAGCUAACUUUCAAUUCCACCCAGAAACAGAAGCUGUUAUGAACAAACAGUUUGCAAUGGAAAUGAAAGCUUUCUAUUAUUACCUAUCUAUGGUGACUAUUAUAUUCAAUUACUCGUGAAAAGUAAGCUCUGUACACUUUUUCCAGAUUUCAACGCGAAUAAUAAUCAUUGUUCAAUAAACCACUAGUUGGUUCCCUUAGAAAAUUGAGUACCAACUAGUAAUAUUUGCCCAGGCUGGCUAUUUUGGCCGUGUGGAUGUAGCUUUACCAGGAUGUGAGUCAUUCUUCCUACAAAUGCACCAUGAGGAACAU